UGGACUGCUGCUGGGAGGUUCCUGAAAGGUAAACGGAGUCGUAGUCUACGUACGUAGCCGAGUUUUCAGGUGAUCCCCCCCUCAGGGUAUCACCUUGCAGCACGCUGCCAGAAAAGCAGGAACAGGCUGAAAUGAAUCACAUGCAAAAUAAAACAUCGUGCAAGAUGUUCCAGGGGAUUUAGAAGGGAAAAAAAGGUGCUUCGCAAAAUUUUAUCUUUACAGAUGGUGUUUGUUCCCCAGUGAGCGCAAUAAUAAUCACAAUAGUUUCCUUUAUGCUGUGAGAACUAUCAGUAUGUUAUUUUCUCAUAAAUAAAAAAUAAUAAUUAAUUUUAAAAAACAGUUUUUAUUGCAUGGCUGCUUUCACUGUCAGAACUAAAUGGCACUUAAAAUCAUAAUGGUUCUCUCCAUUUCAGAUACGAUUUCAAGUUCUACAAUAACAAGUCCUGUUUUACCUUUAUUAUUACUAUUACUAUUAUAUGGAUCCAUAUAUUUCAAAUGUUGUAACUCUCAAGAGUGUUUUUGUCACUUCCAGUGUGCGUUAUGAUCAAGUUAAUCGCUUCUUUUCUGAAUACAGUCAGAACUGUAGAGCUUCGAUGUCUACUUUAGGGUUUGGAGGGGUGUUGUAUUUUCAUAAUUGUUUACUAAUGGAAAGAUUGGUUUACUUUGAACUGCAGAUGCUUUAUUAGGCUUCUGUUGCCACAACACGGGGGGAAAAAAUCAAUAAGCUGCAGCAGUGUUUACACUACUAACACGAACCUGGAGAUAAUUUCUCUCAGUAUCAACGAUGAAAUUGAAAUCCCUGCAAAUUACUCAGGGUCAGGUUAUAUUAUAGAUUGGAGGACUAUACGCUAAAGCUUCAUUUAGUUACUCUGUGGUUGUGUUUCUUAUGUAGACAUGACCUCAUGUUCCAGAUAGGCGAGCCAGACUUCCUAAGCUGCUCAGCCAGACCAGGUUUUGGCAUCUCAUAGAAGUCCCAACACCACAAAAUAUAUUUUAUUAGUGUGGCAACUGGAGUUUAAAACCAGAGGAAUGUAUGAGUAUGUGUGCUGAUUCACUUAGGACAUUUGGAUAGGGACAGCUGGACUUCCCCCAGUGCUAUCCCCCUCCCUAACAUCUAACAUUUGACAGUGUUUUUAUAUGCUCUGGGUGAAUUUGAUAUUCAGGAUGUAAAAAUUGGCUUCCUAGAGAGGCAGAGUUCCUGCUGGCCUUUUCAAAAAAGUGACUGGCUUCACCAAACCAGCCAGUAAAGAGGGGUUUGUGGGGUUUUAAAAAAAACAACAAAAAAAACUCUAUUUCUUUAUAAUUGUGAUCACAGCUCAUUAUGUGAUACAGACACACUUUUCCACAUCCUUUCUAAGUCUUCUGGAUCAGCAGUUCCUAUUCACAAUCUAACCAGUUCCUCAUUGUACACGCACGGUCCUUACAAAGUUAAAAAUGCGUGCCUCCAGCUUUAAUGCUCUCUGUACACAGUGCGGUCUGCAGCAAUGCACUGAUUCCUGUAGAUAACAAAGACAGCAUCCAUUCCCAGGCUACUAAAAAGUCAGCUACUCAUCACAGUUAAAAGUCUAUUUUCCAUUGCAAAGCAGCCAAGCCGGCUGUAUCAUUAGGGGGGCAGGGACUUCACUGCUGCUAUUAUAGAAUAACAGCACACUAACCACUUAUUGAGAUCUUAUGGACUCAGUAGGAAGACACUGAGCAGUAAGAGUGCUUUUGCUGUUGUUGCCCCUUUUACCAGUUGUAACUGGUCUUGCAUCCCAACUCAACAGGUCAUGAGAAGGUUUUUUUUUUUUAAAUCACAUUGACAUUCAGUGUGGCUUUGGGUUUAUUGAGGCAAUAAGCCUCGUGGACAGGAGGUCGGAAAUUGCUGAUUCAUUUAUAGCACCUCUGUUGUUGCUAUGGAAACAGUUUGUUUCUGUUAAAUGAAAAUCCAGGAGGUGUUUUAUCCCCCUCUGUGUGCCGUCCCCUAAUUUCUGAUAUUAGAGAGGCCACAUGCUUCAUCUAAAUCAGUUUAUAGAAAUACAAUGAAGGUCUUUCUAGAGUGUAAUCUCAUUGGGGGCCCAAACUGAGAUCUAGAGAUAUUCUGCAUUUAAAACAUCUGAUUCCACUAAUGAUUGAAGACUGGGUCUCCUGAAGAAUAUAAAGGGCAGAAAAGUGAAUGCUGGACAGACAGAAUGGAAGGCUGAUGUGAUUUAUAGCGACGAAAGAGGCCAGAUAGCUUUUUUAUGGUUUUUUGUAUUUAACAGGUUAAUGAUGAAUUCACGCUCGGCUCCACAGAUCGUGGUUAACAGGACAAAUGCCCAGGAUGAGGCAGACUGUGGGGAAGGUGUAGAUUUGCCUACAGAUGACCAUCUGAUGACUUUGAAGGCCUUAACAGAAAAACUAAGACUGGAGACCAGGAGACCCUCCUACCUGGAGUGGCAAGCCCAGCUUGAGGCAGAUCGCUUCAGAGACUCAGAAACUGGGAAAGAACCAAUCACAGUUGAGCCUAAAGGGAAAGUAGUUAGGCACAAGGGGACUUCAGUGGACCCAGAUGUGAGUCAGCCCAAGUUGCCAUCAGGUGGACUCAAGGGAUUUGAAAACAUUGAUGAAGCUCUCACCUGGCUCAGGAGAGAACUGACGGAUAUGCGCUUGCAGGACCAGCAGCUGGCGAGGCAGCUCAUGCGGCUUCGGAGUGACAUCAACAAGCUGAAGAUUGAACAGACGUGCCAUCUGCAUCGCCGAAUGCUCAACGACGCCACCUUCGGCCUCGAGGAACGGGAUGAGCUGUCGGACCUGCUGUGCGAAUGCCCGGUCACCCCGGGCCUCGGCCUCUCUGCCCCGCUGAGACUUAUCGGAGUCACCAAGAUGAACAUUAACUCUCGCCGAUUCUCGCUCUGCUAGUGGUAACGACAGAAGAAGAAAAAAAUCCUGAAUACAAAAGACCCUUUAUAUACUAACUUUUCUUGAGUGCAGCCGGCCAACCGCAGUGAUUAGAUAAUGAUGAGAUGUUUUCUGUUUUUAGAGAUAAAACCACAUCACACUAAUUUUUAUGCUCACUGAAAUCAAAGAGAGAGAUUUAAGAGAUAAGGAAGAGUUUGAGUUUUAGUAAGUGUGGUGUUUUUGCCACUAAACUCAACCUUGGAGCAGAUUUCAUACUACAUGCAGUUUUUGAAUCAGUGCAAAAGCAGUGCUUGCUUCUGUUGUUUUUAAAACCAUAUUAGUACUGAUUACCUUAAGUAUUACCAUCUACUUUCUGCCAUACUUUAUCAUCCACAGAUUGUUUAUAUAUAUAUUUUCACUCUUUAGGACAUUUUCAGUGACAAUCACAGUCAGUAAAUUUGUUUCUACCCUGAAAGUUUUGUUGUUGUUGUUUGUUUUCAAAGAGAUGCCUUAAUAUUAUAGAGACUGAGCGCUGUAUGCUCAUUUUUGUUUGUAGAAUAUCAUGGAUAUAAUGGUUUAGUCGGUGUAAUGAUUGUCAAAUUACAUUCCUUUCCGAGCUUAGUCUCUGGAGCUUUGCCUUUUGCUCUAAUAGUAAUCAUGUGAGUUGCCCUUGUCAGUCUGAAACAAAAACAUGCUUUGUUUUCGCGGAUGAACACUAAAUUAUAACUCAUGUAGAUCUCUGUGAGCGCCCAUUGACAUGAUUAUGUGCGUCUUGCUAUGACCCCCUUUUUUAUGCUGGAAUCACAGUUAUAAUUGACUAUAAUUGAAGGCAACCUUUUCUUUACAAGACACUGACUUCAGGUUAGCAUCUAUAGUACAGUACUGUGCAGAUGUUUUUCUUUAGACAUUGGAUUUUUUUCACUUAUUCUUUUGUCCAACUCCUUGUACCUUGGCCACAAGGUGAUUCCCAAAGAGCUAAAACUUGGUGUGUCUCGG